AUGAUAGGCGCUCUUCGAGGCGUUCGUCAAGGCUGCUUGGGCGCAACAGCGGCGGCGGCUGCAGGUUCGGCAUGCGGUGGCGUCAAUCAGCUCGGAGGUAGCUUCGCCAACGGCAAACCGCUGCCUUUCCACGUGCGCCUUCGAAUUCUCGAGCUGGCCCUCUUCGGCUACAGACCCUGUGACAUUUCCCGCCAGCUUCUCGUCUCUCACGGCUGUGUCUCCAAGAUACUGGCAAGGUUCACCGAGACUGGCUCGAUCCUGCCGGGCGCCAUCGGUGGCAGCAAGCCCAGAGUGUCAACACCAUUGGUGAUUCGCAAGAUUCGCGAGUACAAGCAAGAAAAUGGUGCCCUCUUUGCGUGGGAGAUCCGAGAACGGCUGCUGUUCGACGGAGUCUGCCCACGGGAUUCUUUGCCAAGCAUAUCAUCAAUCAACAGGAUCUUACGCCGUACUCUAGGAAGAUCAAAGCCACAGAGGCACAGCGCAGAUGGCCAGUCCGACACUGAGCACCAUCUGCCCAUGUCCAUUGGACUCCGUGCUCAAAAGAGAACCUUCUUCAUAAAAGAUAUCCUAGACCGGCACACAUAA